GUGAAGUAAAGCAAAGGUUGCCGAAGUUGGUUUAUAGUUUGUUAGCACACUGAAAUACUCUUCCUUUCCAUCAACCUGCCAGAUGCUGGCUUUCUCCCAGACUGCAAAAUACAUAUCAAUUGAAGACUGAAUUGUCCAUAAGUGUAAAUGAACUGUUACUUGACCUGAGAGCCCCACUGAUCUGUUUGGGUCUGCAAACAUGCCACUGUUUCGAGCCUCUGCUGACCAUGUGGUGAAGGACCGGCCCAAGUGGAGGAAGAUUCGGUGCAGUAGGGUGUUGGAGGAGGACGACUCUGUGCCUUCGCUGAUGCAGCUUUGUCUGCUGAGCUUGGCUGACAAUAUGAAGAAGGUGUGGGUGAAGGAUUAUGCUGACAACUACAUGGAUAACUAUUCUUUCAGACACAUCAUGGGGCCUUUCAAUAUGCUUUCGGGUGAGUUGGUGGAGGAGCUGACAAGUCUGCUGUGCUCUAGAAAGCAGCUUUCCCGUGCUGCCCUCCAUCUCCUGUUAGUGCCCCAGCUGAGAGGUCUAUCUCUGGAAAGGUUCCCUGGUUUGGUCACCCCCGCCCUGUGUGCCAUCAUUGCAGCACGCUGCCAGGGCCUGCACAACCUCAACCUAUCCGGAGCCCAGCAACUGCCUUCCAAGGCUCUGUCAGACACACUGCGCUGUCUCCCUACGUUGCGUUCACUUUCCCUGUCGGGUACUUCUUGCGAUGGCGGCAUCAUCCGGACCGUCGUCUUUUGCUGCCCUUUGCUGCGCCAUUUGGAUGUAUCCGGAUGUCACUUUCUCCCCCCCGCAGCACUCCUUCCCCUCGGAGCUCUCUUUCCUUCAUCUAAAUGUUCACCUUCCGGCUCCUCCUCUUCCACAUCCGUGGCUCCGCUGGCUCUGUGUAGUUUGCUGGCUCUUGAUAUCGGAUUUGGGGAACAGGAGGGAGACCUUGCGGCAGUGGUGGCCUACCUCCUCCUUUCUAUGCCCCACCUGGAGAGGCUGGCCGUGGAGGGACUCUCACAGGCUUGCCGGCUGAUCCAGCGCAGAUACUUUACACAGGUGGAUUUAUUCGCAUUUAGAGAAGGGCUACCUAGGUUGGAGGAGGUGUGGAGGGAGAGGAGGCGCUUGCAGCACACCGAUUCAUGGAAGACGAGGAGGGUAGAAGCUCAAGAUGGUUAUGAGAGUGAGAGUGAGGAUGAUGAGAAAGAUUGCUCUCAGAAUGUAACAAAUGAGAAAAGCGGUGAUGACCACAUUACACUGCGCUUAAGAGAUGUUAAAGAUUUAACAUGUGAGUCUCUGGACAGUUUUGGCUGUUUAUGCCCAAACAUCACGUCCAUAUCUGUGAAUGCUGAAGACGAAGAGGAUAUUGGAGGAAGAAGUCUGCCGACUCUUUUAGCCACAGGGCUGCAGUCGUGGUCAGGUCAGCUGAGGAGCCUCUCUGUGCACCACCAAGGCCCUCUCCUGGAUCUCCUUCCUGCCUUGCAAGUGUCAGGUUCCUCCCUCGUGUCGCUCACUUUGGAAGGAGUGAGAACAAACCCUCACGCUCCUCUACCGGAGCUCAUCCGGGCCUGUCCCAAACUCAAAGUCUUGCUCAUCAGUGCAGAGCCUCCCGCCUCAUUGCUGGAUCAAGAGCCGGAUGAGCGCGAGCUUCCAAGUCUGCCGAACCUUUGCUCUCUGACACUCAAUUUCUCAUAUGAGCACAAACAAAUGCGGCCUCUCAUGUACUGGAUGUCACUAAUGAAGGUGAUUCGUUGCCUCCUGAGUGGUUCCCCUUUACUCCAGAGGCUCUCCUUGGUCUCUUUACCAUGCCCACUGAACAACGUUCUGCAACGUGUACUGUGCUACGGCGACCGACACCACCGUUUUGGAGCUUCCGAUCCCUCUCUUCCCAAAGCACUUGAAAGGGUACAACACCUUGACCUCCAAAGAACAGAUGUGAAGAUGACUACUGUGAAAAACAUAAUACAGCGGAGCAAGAGACUGAAGUGUGUAGAUUUGAGUUGCUGUUGGCAAAUCAGUCACCAAGAAUGGGCAGACUGCAAAAGGUUAAGUACAGUGAGAGUUGUCUGGGUGUAGUGAGGAUACAUGCAUCCUUCAAUGUAGUUGAAGUGACUAUGUCACUGAUGGUGUAGUGGUACACUCGCCUGAAUUUGGUUUGGGCAGCGUGGGUUCAGUUCCUACUCAGUGAUGGUAAACAAACAUGUGGCCAUAGUUCAAAACAUUGAUCUGAUUGAUCAAAACCAAUGUGCUUUUUAGAUUCAGCACAUAAAAAUUGUCCUGAAUCAGCUAAAAAAAAAAUCUUAGACAAUAAUUUUUUUUAUUUUCCUAUUAUGGAUUGAGUGUUGAAUUAAAAUUACCAUACCGGAUUUCUGUAAUGCAAAUACUGAAAAUUAACUCGUAUACAAGUAAGUUUUUUUUCCUUUUUUUUUUUUUUUUUUUUUUAUAUAAAUAUGAAGUGAGUAUAUGUGGCGGCUGUGGUUCAGUAGGUAGAGCAGGUCGUCCAGUGACCGAAGGGUACUGGUUCAAAUCUCAGCUACGACUAUACGCAUGUUGAAGUGUCCUUGGGCAAGACACUAAACCCUAAUUUGCUCUCAGUGGGCAUGGCAGCAGUUGCCCAUUGGUGUGGGUGAAUGUGAGGCUUUGUAAAGCGCUUUGGGCACGGUGAUGGUGUACAUAAAGCGCUAUAUAAGUCCAGUUCAUUUACCAUAUGUAAAUGUGCUUGAAUUUGAUACAUAUUGUUGAAAAGCCACCCAUCCAUUUCCUACAGCGCUUAACAUGAGCGUCUCUAGCCUAUCUUUGGGGUACUCAAGAUAGCACCCCUAAAAUUCAGGAGAUUAUAAUGUGUACAACCACACAGUACUUAUAUGAAAUGAUGUAUUUUAACAACAAAAAUACAGCCCCCCCCCCUUCUUAAACCAGGAAUAUUUCUUAACUUCUAUCCCUCAAUAGCAACACACUCAUCAUUUGCAUUUCUCACUUUUGCUGCAUUUGAUCUUACUGUUUAUUUUGUUAGGUAGGAGUUAGCUGACUUUUUUUCUAGCUUGGAAACGUUUCAGGUAGUCAGCUACAGCAACACUGUCCUCUGUUUGAAUUGUUGUGUUGUGUGCAUGAUAGUAUUGCCAACGUACUAUUGACUCCAUUAACGUUUAUAACUCCUAUUAGUACACAGAGAGAUGGAGGAGCAGGUAGAAUUUUAUAUACAGUACAGUAGUAGUCUUGAAAGUCAGUUUCUGUUACUGUGUUUUACAUGUGCAUUUCUUUUCCUAAUAAAACUCCA